GAGCCACAACUGUUGAUAGUAAAUAAGAGUAAAACACAUUUAGUUUGUUUAUCCCGUGUGAAUGAACCACAUGAAACUCAGAUGUAGAUGCUAAUACCUGGACGUUAAACUAGUCCAGUAAAAUAAGACUGUAGUUUAAGUCCUCGGAGACGUCUCAGCUGAUCUGUCCCCUUGUCUCAGGCUCUGCUUUAGCUGCUAGCGUUUGUAAGAAAAUCACGGGUCGGCUGACGAGCGCCAUCACCAAACAGGAAGAUGUUUCUGUCCAGCUGGAGGUGUUGGACAUCAUGGCCGACAUGCUGUGCAGACAGGGCGGCCUUUUGGUGAACUUCCACCCCUCCAUCCUCAGCUGCCUCCUCCCUCAGCUCACCUCCCCCAGGCUGGCGGUCAGAAAAAGGACCAUCAUGGCUCUGGGACACCUGGUGAUGUCCUGCGGUAACCUGGUCUUCAUCGAUCUGAUCGAGCACCUCCUGACGGAGCUGGGGAGGAACAACAACAUGUCGACCACCAGGACCUACAUCCAGUGCACGGCGGCCAUCAGCAGGCAGGCUGGACACAGGAUCGGUGAGUAUCUGGAGAAGAUCAUCCCUCUGGUCGUCAAGUUCUGCAACGUGGACGACGACGAGUACUGCAUCCAGGCCUUUGAGUCCUUGGUCAGGAGGUGUCCUAAAGAAGUUUACCCCCACGUCCCCACAGUCAUCUCCAUCCGCCUGCGCUACCUGACCUACGACCCCAACUACAACUUUGACGAUGAAGACGAGGACGACAAUGCCAUGGAUGGUGAGCAGAACGACGACUACCAAGGCAGCGACGACGAGUACAGCGACGAUGACGACAUGAGCUGGAAGGUUCGGAAGGUGGCGGCCAAGUGUUUGGACGCCGUUUUUUCGACUCAUCACGAGAUGCUGCCCGAGUUUUAUCGCUCGGUCUCUCCUGCAUUCGUCUGUCGCUUCAAGGUAUCUCCGGUCUGA